AUGAAUUUUAAUAAAUUAAAUGACCUAAAACGCUGCUUUAUUUUAUACAGAACUUAUUGUAAUAAACUUAACGAAGCACGUAUUGCCGAUUUUCCAAACACUUAUGAAACUAAAGGUAGAGAAGAAUACUGGAAUGAAAUAUGGUUGAAGAAUAAUUAUUUCAACCCUAAAAAUGACAAUUAUCAGAUAAAAAUGUUGUUACCACCGCCAAAUGUCACUGGAGUAUUGCAUCUAGGACAUGCACUGACAGUAGCAGUAGAAAAAAAUUUAUUGGCCACCAAGCAGCUGACAAGACAUGAUCUGGGUAGAGAAAAAUUUUUGGAUUGCGUUGAAGAAUGGAAACAAGAUAAAGGAGAUAAAAUUAAAAAGCAGCUGAAGAAUUUGGGAGCUACUUUGGACUGGUCGCAUGAAUAUUUCACUAUGAGUAAGGAACAUAACAAAGCAGUAAAUGAAGCAUUUGUUACUUUGCACCAGCGUAAUUUGGUGUAUCGACAUAAGGAUUUAGUAAACUGGUCUCCUACGCUGAGAAGCACGAUUUCUGACAUUGAAGUUGAGUCAAUAGAAGUGGAUAAGAAGACUGAUUUAAAAGUUCCUGGUUACAGCAAAAAUGUGACAUUUGGAGAGAUAGCGGACGUUGCUUUUAAAAUAAAAGACUGUGAAGAUGAGAUUACUGUCUCGACGACGAGAGUUGAGUCAAUGUUUGGAGACGUUGCUAUUGCCGUACAUCCAGAAGACCCUCGGUAUUCUGGAUAUAUCGGUCGACAAGUCUGGCAUCCGCUUCGCGAGACUUUUAUUCCUAUUAUAGCGGAUUCUAGUGUUAGGCAAGACUUUGGUACAGGUGCUGUAAAAAUAACUCCGGGCCACCAUCACCAGGAUCUUGAAAUCGCACGUAGGAACGCUCUGGAAAUAAUAGAAGUAAUAAACGAAGAUGGUACUAUGAAUGAGCGAGCGAAAAAUUAUUUAGGAGUCCACAGGUUCGACGUUAGAAGGAAACUCCUCGAUGAGUUAACUGACAGAGGGAUAAUCAGAUGUAUCAAGGAUCAUGCGAUGGUAAUUCCUGUUUGCUCUAGGUCUGGAGACGUAAUUGAGUAUAUGAUGAGAGAGCAGUGGUUCGUCAGCAUGCGAAAAAUGGCUGAGAAAGCUAUGGAGGCCGUAACUAGUCACAAAUUGAAACUAGACCCUUCUAGAUUCGAAGAAAUGUGGCUGGACUAUUUGGGUAAGACCAAGGACUGGUGUGUGUCGAGACAGUUGUGGUGGGGCCAUCGGAUUCCCGCUUACAAAUGUCUGGGAAGUCAAAAUGAAAAUUGGGUUGUAGCUUCGAGUCUUGAGGAAGCUCGAGAUUUGGCUAAAAAACAAUUUGGAGCAACUGAAGUUCAGCAAGAUGAUGAUGUGCUGGAUACUUGGUUCUCUGCGGGAUUGUUACCAUUGUCUGCGAUGGGCUGGCCAGAUGACAAGUACAUCAAGAAUUAUCCUCUGAGUCUUAUGGAAACUGGACAUGAUAUCAUGAUGUUCUGGGUGGCGAGGAUGGUGAUGCUGUGCUCGGAGUUGGUGGGAAAGCUUCCUUACAAUAAAGUACUGCUUCAUGGGAUCUUGUGUGACGCUCAGGGUAAAAAAAUGUCUAAAAGUCGCGGAAAUGUUAUCUUACCAGAGUACGUUGUCGAUGGAAUAAGUUUAGAAGGUCUUAAUGCGAAAGCUGAAGAAAGUUUUGCAGCAGGAAUUCUCAGCAAGGCUGAACUUAAACGCACAUUGACUGUUAAUAGUAAAAUGUUUGGUGAGGGAAUAGAUGAGUGUGGAAUCGACGCGCUGAGACUCACUCUCAGUAGUCAUAAUAUUAAAAACGAGAAGAUUAGCUUUAAUGUCGUUGAGUGUAAGACAAACAAAUAUUUCUGUAAUAAAAUGUGGCAAGCUUGUAAAUAUGUUUUGCUUGUUACUGAUGAUAGUGUUAUAGAAAAGCCUGGUAAUCUGACGACGGUGGAUAAGUGGGUGUUGAGUCGCUUAGCUUUCAUGGUAGACACUGUAAAUAAAUCGUUUGAAGAGCGGAAUUUUCAUAAAGCCAUUAAGGCUUUCAGACAAUUUUUUUACUAUGAAUUCUGUAAUUUUUUUAUUGAAGCAACCAAACCUGGGCUGCAGGCUUCUAAUGAAGACAUUUUUCGGAGUCAUAGAUACAGCUUGAUACGGUGCUUAGAAGUUUCUCUGAGAACAAUUUCACCGGUGAUGCCGUACUUGUGCGAAGAAUUGUACUCGAGACUCGCUAAGAAGCUUCCAGCAUUCACUCAGACCCCUUCGAUAAUGAAAUUAAAGUAUCCGAUUUUUGAAGAAGAUGAUAGAGAUUGUAAAUUAGAAGAAAAGUUUAGUCAAGUUUUAAAAAUAAUUCUGGCUGUUAGAAAUAUUUAUACUUAUGUUAACAAGUCAUCUAUUUUAGAAGUUCAUAUUAUGACGGAUGGAGAUAAUUUUGAAUUAUUUGAGGAUAAUAUCAAUGUUAUAAUUGCUACGACCCGAAUCAGCGAAACUAAAAUUCUACCAGCAAAUACUUAUGUCGUCAAAGAAAAUAGUAUUUGUAGUAAUGAAUCUGGUUAUAAACUGUAUUAUUUAUUGAAGGAUAAACAAAUUGCUGGACAAAUGACAGAUAAAGUAGAAAAUAAAAAAAUAAAAUUGGAACAAAAUAUAGAAAAGCUUUCAAAAAGUUUAUCUCAAGAAAAAUAUAAAAGUGAAGAAAACAGGACAAAAAUAGAAAAUCAGAUGAAACAUCUUCAAUAUGAGCUCGAAAAAAUUCCGAGAUUUGUAUAA